AUGAACAAUACCUCUUAUGUCAAACCGAUUCCCAGCCAGGCUGGAUAUUCGUAUCUGUCCAGUCUCCAGAACUGGCAGAACUCGAACCAUUAUUCGCAUCAGUCUCAAUCGCGCCAGCCGGGAGACGGACACAAACUCGUGGCAGCUAGAGCUUCCACUAAGGACUCGUACACCAAACCAUCCAAGUCUAGCGCUCCACUUGCUCCAUUGAACGCGUUGCAAACCGCAAACAGAACCGCAAAGCACAAUCACAACGGAAAGCAGAACAACGACCACAAGUCCACGGUCGCGUGCUACAAAAACGAUUACUCCAAUCACUACAUCCACUCGGGUGUUCUUCCGGUCAAGUACGUCAGAAACGCCUCUCAGCCGGUUGAAGGCUAUCCCAAGCUCCAGAAACUUGUCAAGCUGAAAGAGCAGCAGGUUUCAAAUUUUGCAACCAAGGCGUACGGCUCACGAGUCAAGCCCGAGAAAAUGGUGGACACUUUGAACAAAUGGAUUUACGAGGACAAUCUGCAGUUCGACGUGAUCAUGAUUGGGGCUCUGUCCGAGAACCAACUGCUGUACCCCUUGGUUUCGCAGCUGCCAAUUGACAAGCUGUGUGCCAAACCGGGGUUUUUGUUCAUCUGGGCCUCCACCCAGAAGAUUUCCGAGUUAUCCAAGCUGCUGUCCAAUACCAACACAUGGACAAAGAAGUUCAGAAGAUCGGAGGAGCUGGUGUUUGUUCCUGUUGACAAGAACUCUCCGUAUUAUCCAACCGACUCUUUGAUCCCUGAAGAGCAGCUUUUAGAGCAAAUGCAAUGGCACUGCUGGAUGUGCAUCACGGGUACUGUCCGCAGAUCGUCCGACAAGAACCUGAUCCAUUGCAACAUCAACACAGAUCUAUCAAUUGAAAACGAAACUACCAGGAAUUCUGCUGUUCCGUCACAAAUCUACCAGGUGGCUGAGAACUUCUCAACCUCCACCAAAAGAUUGCACAUAAUUCCAUCAAAGACAGGCCUUGACCAUCCUGUCAAACUGAGACCAGGCUGGGUUAUCCUGAGUCCUGACGUGCUGCUUGAUAAUUUUGAUCCCAACAAGUACAAACAGGAAAUCUCUGUUCUAGGUCCAAACAUCCCGCUUGACAACGAGAUUGAGCAACUGAGACCAAAGACUCCUGUUUAG